AUGGCUAUUUCAGUUAUCAGUGAAUCACCAAACGUCGGAAAAAACUUACAAGACCAUGCCACUGUUCCACUCAUCAUAACUGAAGAUAAAAGCAAGGUCACUUUUUUACAAGAUGUUCAAACGUUUACCAAAAUAAAUGAGAUGCCCGCACCGUGUCUUAUAGGAUUCGCUGCGGUCAAUAAAACGCAAACUAUACCAGACUACCAAAUACUUUAUUACAGAUUUCCCGUUGGUACCAUAAUUCCUGUUUGGAUUUGUAGCUUUGUAUAUGGUUUGGCUGACAGCAUUUGCAUAUCUAUCGCGAAAGCAGCACAGAGCAAAGGUGUUAUUUUAGCUCUUGUAGUUCUUUUGUAUCCAAAAUCAACUGGUAAAGUUAUUCUUAAAAGCAAAAGCCCUGGCGAACCCCCCUUAAUUUACACAGGCUAUUAUUCUCAAGACGUAGAUUUAGAGAAGCAUGCAAAAUACAUCGAAGACUUUUUGACUUUGCUCGAUACAAAACACAUGAGAAAAACUCACGCGCAACCUCUGAACCUAAAUGUAAGGCAAUGCAAGCAUCACAAGUUUAAUACUAGAAAAUAUUGGAAGUGUCUUGCUUUGAAUGUAGUUACGACUCUCUGGCAUUCUGUCGGUACUUGCGCUAUGGGUCCUGAAGGAGUAGGUGUAAUUGACUACAAACUGAGAGUACAUGGUGUGAAGAAACUGAGAGUCAUUGAUGCCAGUUCGAUGCCGAAGAUAGUCGGUGGGAAUACAAAUGCUCCUACUAUCAUGAUUGCUGAUAAAGGAGCUGAUAUCAUUAAAACUGAUCACGGUUUUAUUGGACACCCUGACAACUAA